AUGGCCAUAGUCUUCUCCCAAUUUAAUAUUCAACAAGGCCUCCAGACACUCUGUGUUAUGCAGUGGAUUCCAGUCUAUGUAAUUUUAGGAAUGAUUCCCAUUAUCCUCAUGCCCUACUUCCUGGUGUUCACUGAGUUCUGGGCCAUGGCCGUGCUUACCUUUGCCUGGCUUGCCUAUGAUUGGGACACCCACAGUCGAGGUGGCAGGCGUACUGCUUGGGUACGGAGCUGGACCCUCUGGAAGUACUUCUGUAAUUACUUCCCAAUAAAGCUGGUGAAGACUCAUGACCUUUCUGCCAAACACAACUACAUCAUUGCCAGCCACCCCCAUGGCAUUGUCUCUUUUGGUGCCUUCAUCAACUUUGCCACUGAGGCCACUGGCUUUGCCCGGAUUUUCCCAUCUAUCACUCCCUCUUUAGCGACCUUGGAAGGGAUCUUCUGGAUCCCAUUUGUGCGAGACUACGUGAUGGCGAUGGGCUUGUGCCCAGUGAGUAAGUUGGCCCUGGAGUACACCCUGACCCGGAAAGGCUCAGGCAAUGCUGUGGUCAUUGUGGUGGGUGGAGCUACUGAAUCCCUCUUGUGCUGCCCAGGAGCCUCCACCGUCUUGCUCAAGCGACGUAAAGGUUUUGUGAAGCUGGCCCUGGAGACAGGGGCAUACCUUGUUCCUUCCUAUUCCUUUGGUGAGAAUGAGGUUUACAAUCAGGAGACCUUUCCUGAAGGCACAUGGAUAAGGUUCUUCCAAAAACACUUCCAGAAAACAUUUAAAAAAAUCCUGGGAUUAAAUUUCUGUACCUUCCAUGGCCGGGGCCUCACUCGAGCAUCCUGGGGCUUCCUGCCUUUCAAUCGACCCAUUACCACAGUUGUUGGGGAACCUCUGCCAGUCCCCAAGAUUAAGAGGCCCAACCAGGAGACAGUGGACAAGUACCAUGCACUCUACAUCAGUGCUCUGCGCAAGCUGUUUGACCAACACAAAGUUGAAUAUGGCCUCUCUGAGAACCAGCAGCUGACAGUCAUAUGAUGGGAGCCAGAUUCCUUAUUACUGAACCCCAAACCAUGAGGGACCCAAGUAAAGGCACAGGGAAGGAAGAAUUGGGGGAGAGGGGUGGAUCUCAAGGAUGAGAGGGGAUUUCAACCAAGGCAGAAAGUACUUAAUGAGUCAAGGUUCUAACAAUGGCAUCCCCUUCCGAGUGACCAAGGCAGCUCUGGGGAAGGAACCAGGCAGGCAGUGGGAACCGAGGAGGGCUGACUAACAGAGGAGGUGACUCCAUCACCCCUGACUGUUUUAGUGCAAGAACCCGGUCUGGGAGUCUUGUGAGUCACUCUAGCUAAUUGUCUAAUUGAAGUCGUGAGAAGUCGGCAAACACCUCGCUCUUUCAUCCCAAACCUCAGGAACACUAUUACUAUUUAGGUUUAUGCUUAGAAGUUUAGUUGAGAAUAGGGACGGUUUGUUGCCUGCCAGUACAAUUUGGAGAUUGUCACAGGUAAACUGAGGGCCUGAGCUAUGACCUCCUAACCCAAACAGAAACGAUUCCUUCAGUUAUGCCAGAGUUCUAGAUUGAAAUGAAGUCACAUUGUUUCUUUGGUGAAAAAUAAAGCUCCAGAUAUGUACAACAUUAUAGACCUAUUUCCCAAUUACUUUGUGAUUCACCACUGGGCGUCCCUCAAGCCUAAGAAUUUUCCUUCUGGCCAUAACCAUUUUCCUGUUCUUCACCCACUCUUCCUACUGCCCCAACAGAAAAGGUAAGGGACUGGAGCCAUAGCUGCUGCACAGUGUAGGAGAGAGAAACAGUAAUGGAAUCUAACUGGCACAGAUAUGCACGGAAUAGCCCUCCUGUGCUCACCCCACAUAGCCACCAUGGGCCAGAAGGUAGGGAGCCAGUGGCCAUACACCAGCUAACAUUUACUUGAUAUCAAAUAUCUACUGUGUCCCCAGGUUUUGUCAGUUAACGCUCACACUAACCCUAUGAGAUUAAGAUUGCCACCAUUCCCAUUUCACAGUCCCUGAAGUUCUUGAAGACAUAUAAUUUUGGAAAAACUAGCAUUCAAAUCCAGGUCUUAUGAAUUUUUCUCAGUGCACCAUCACUUGUCCUAUUCCUUAUUUUCUGGUGACUUAUCAGCUUCAUUUUCCUACUUGAGGUUCCAUAGCACCCCACAAACUUAGUUCACAAGUGUGGAGUGUUUCCAAGUUAAGUCUCAGGGACAAUAAUUUUAAAAACCUUUCAAGGACUGAGAAUGUAGCUCAGUGGUGGAAUGCUUGCCUAGCAUGUAUGAGAGCUUGGCUUCAUGCCCAACUACUAAAAAAAUACAACUUUUUAAAAAAAAAUACAACUUUUUAUAUCAAUAGAAUGGAAUUAAGAGUACAGAAAUAAACCUGUACUACUAUGGCCAAUUGAUUUUCAUUGAGAUGCCAAGAAAAAUUGAUGGAAAUAAGAAUAACCUUUUUGCCAAAUGAUACUGGGACAACUAGAUAUCUACAUGGAAAAGAAUGAUGUAAAACUUAACUCAAAAUGGAUCAAGUACCUAAAGUGAAAGAUAAACUACUAACAUCUUGGAAGAAAACAUAGCUAUAAAGCUUCAUGGUCUUGGCUGGGGUGAUGGUUUCUUAGAUAUGACAUUUAAAAGCACGGUAACAAAAGAAAAAAUAGGUGAGUUGGGCUCCAUUAAGAUUAAACACCUUAGUGUUUCCAAGGGCAGAAUUAAGGAAGUGAAAAGAUAAUGGAGUGAGAUAAGAUAUUUGCAAAUCAUGUACCUUAUAAGAAUCUAGGACCCAGAAUAUAUAAAUAGCUGUUACAAUUUAACAACCAGAAGUCAAUAAAUUUUCAAAAUGGGCAAAGA